AGUAUCACAAAUGGGGGACGAUUUAGAUUCGUUGACAGACCAGCUUAGCAGUGGAUUUCAGGUCGAUCCUCUAGCUCUUGGUGAACAUCCGAGGUAUUCGCAGUACAAAAAUCUUACAAAAGCUGCAGAACAACAAGCAAAGCGUCGUGAAGAAACGCUUGAGCGGCAAAAAAAUGGCCGCUUUGACACAUUUAUGAAACUACGAAAUUUAGCUUUUGAUGACGUUACUUCUGACGAAGACGAUGAACAAAAAAUUGAGACAACUACUGCUGAAAAACACACUGGAAAAUUUAAAAAAUAUGCCGACAAAAUGAUGUUGAGUGAGUGGCUUGUGGAUAUUCCGGAAUCACUUUCUUCCGACUGGACGAUGGUUAUGGCUCCAGUGGGCAAACGGACACUUGUCGUUGCAUCACGAGGCUUCACAGUUGCAUAUAACAAAGGCGGAAGAGAAGUAUCGCGAUUUCAGUCUCGCCUUCCUGGUGGAAAUACUCGUGCUAAAAAUCAGGCUUGGACAAUUCUUGACUGCAUCUACUCGAAUCAGACAUACUAUGUGCUCGAUCUUCUUUCAUGGAAUGCACACGAAUAUGUUGAGAGUCCAUACGAUUUCCGCCAAUUUAUGCUAAAGUCUAAACUUGAAGAGGCUCCUGAACUAGCGAAAUCUACGCCUGGCUUCAGGAAUAUUUUCUCACCGAUUCCCAGCUGUCCGUGCUCCCAAGAUCAGAUGGCGGAGCUUAUGAAAAACGAGAUCAGUUUCCGUCUCGAUGGACUCCUCUUCUAUCAUAAUUCGGUUGUAUACCAACCUGGACAAUCACCUCUAGUCGGAUGGCUUAAACCAUGGAUGUUACCUGAAAUCCUCAAUGUCCCGGUACCGGAAAAAUAUAAGGCCGAGUCAAACGGACAAUCAUCUUCACAGUUCAUCGAAUCAUUCAAUCAAAAGCAUAAACAUCAGUCGAAAAUCGAUAGAUCUAUGGAGCAUUAAAUGUUUUUUAUUUAUUCAUUAUUUUAUUCCCCCCCCCCCCCCCCCCUAUUUUCCA